UCAUCUCGGAGUUUGAGUAUGUGGCGAGAAAUGCAUUGAAUUGAAAUUCUGUGAGCGACACAUUUCAACACCCAAAACGACAUCCCACCUUCGUUUAAAGCCCGUGCUACGUGUUUCUCUCUCAUCCACUUUCUCUCUCUAUCCAUCAUCACUCGGUCAAUUCAAUGGCUUCACUGAUGCUCAGUGGAACCGGAAAGCUCACAAUGUUGAACAACAGAACCCCAAACGGAUUAGGUUUCACAGCAUCAGAUUUCCACGGUAAGACCCUAAGUUUCCCCAAAUCGAGUAUCAAUGCCACUUCUAGGGUUUCAUAUUCGAGGACCAAUUUAGUACCUAAAUGUAGUAGUUCUAGUGUAUCAUCAUCUUCGAGGCCAAGCUCGCAACCUAGGUUUAUACAGCACAAAAAAGAGGCGUAUUGGUUUUAUAGGUUUCUGUCAAUUGUGUAUGACCAUGUUGUUAACCCGGGUCAUUGGACUGAGGAUAUGAGAGAUGAGGCUCUUGAACCGGCUGAACUCACUGAUAGGAAUAUGCUUGUGGUUGAUGUUGGUGGUGGGACUGGGUUUACUACGUUGGGGAUUGUGAAGCAUGUGGAUGCUAAGAAUGUUACCAUUCUUGAUCAGUCGCCGCAUCAGCUUGCUAAAGCUAAGGAAAAGGAGCCGCUUAAGGAUUGUAAGAUAAUUGAAGGGGAUGCUGAAGAUCUUCCCUUUAAAACUGAUUAUGCAGAUAGAUAUGUAUCCGCAGGAAGUAUUGAAUACUGGCCAGAUCCACAGCGUGGCAUCAAGGAAGCAUACAGGGUUUUGAAACUUGGGGGAAAGGCAUGUUUAAUUGGUCCUGUUCACCCAACAUUUUGGUUGUCGCGUUUCUUUGCAGAUGUAUGGAUGCUUUUCCCUACAGAAGAAGAGUAUAUUGAAUGGUUUACGAAGGCAGGGUUUAAGAAUGUCCAGCUAAAAAGGAUUGGCCCAAAAUGGUACCGUGGAGUUCGCCGUCAUGGCUUGAUUAUGGGUUGUUCGGUGACUGGUGUUAAGCCUGCAUCUGGGGAUUCUCCUUUGCAGCUUGGUCCAAAGGAAGAAGAUGUUGAAAAGCCUGUAGAUCCUUUUGUCUUCUUACCGCGGUUUAUUUUGGGUGUCCUGGCAGCUGCAUGGUUUACAUUGGUUCCUAUUUACAUGUGGCUCAAAGAUCAAAUUGUUCCCAAAGGUCAGCCAAUAUGAGAGAGAUUGGUAGUUAGUGUACGCUUUGAUACUAUCAAUGUCUUUGUUCAAAGUUUUAUCAAAUGUAAGAUUAUUACAUAUGCAGUUGAGAAAUAUUAUAUCAAACCUAAUAAUCGGUAGUUUCUUUUCCUA